AUGUGGUACCAGCAGCCUAGCAGCAAAGCCAUAGAGAUAGAUACUCCAAGGCAUCCUCCUCAGUCUCCCGCUUCAACCUCAGUUAGAAUGGAGAGACAAGAGCUCAGGCUGGCCCUGGACCCGCUGCCCACCAAAGCCACCAGAAGGAGUCCAGAGGGCAGGUGGUGCUGGAGGCAUGACAACCUCAUCGUGUUCCUACAAGCACAGGACACGGCUGGCCUGCACCAUCUGGGAGAGGCAAGUAACACUCGGCCUGCCCGAAGCUUCUCUAGCAGCCUGAAGGCAACAGGUGUCUGGUUCCUGAAGGGACAAGAGGGGCCUCCUCCAGAGGACGAUGUCCCCCCCUGGCCUUGGAGGAAAGGUCCUGCGGAGGCUGGUUUUGAGGGACAUUGCCCAAGGAAAGGAGCAACAGUGGCCCAGCCAGUUCUCUUGAGAUGUCUGCAGGAAUUCCACAGGAAAGACCGAGAGCUCGGCGGGACAGCGGUCCCGCCCCGAGGCCCGCCGGGUCCACGAGAGUUGGCACCAGUCGCCCGGCCGGGCCGCCGCUCAGAGUUGCCCUGGAGACGCGCCUUCGCGAGGCGGCCGCGUGUGGACACGACGUCGCCGGGAGGACGGGGGAGGGGGAGGCGCCCGGCUUCAGACGCCGGGGUCCCCAACAUCACCCGGCGGACUCCGGGGGACGCAGCAGCCGAGGCGGCGCGGACCGAGACCGCUUUCGGGAAGGUUCGGCGGCCCCGAACUGGACCCCGGGUCUUCCCCCUACGACCCGCCGCCCCGCGCUUCCACCCUACCUCCGCCGCGGCUCUGCACGCUCGGGCCCCAACUGUUCUCUUGGACGCCGGCCUUGCUCCCGCCACACAGCCGCUCGGUCGGAAACUCGUGUGUCUUCUUUCGUUGGCCGCGGCCCUGGAGCCACGCUUCUCCUUGCGGCCCGCUUUCGGCAAACGACUCCCCCGGUACAAGGCACACUGGCUCCGUCACCCUGAAGUCGCGAGCUCGUGGGAUUCAGCGCCCUGGCGCUUUUUCUUGGGAGGUCGGGGAAAGCUCUGUCCCUCUUCCAGGCCCGUCCUCGGGGGCCAGGGGUUAGGGCCGGGGCGCCUCAGUGCGGCUCCUCUCGCCGGGUCUGGACUCCCACGCGCCCUCCCUUGCGGCCUACACAGAAGCUCCAAGGAGCGAGCGCUCGACUGGGUGUGCGGGGACCCCGCGUGUGGCGCGUGUGUUAGUCCGUGGUCCUCGAGGGCUGACUGCCCUUCCCGCUCCUGUAGAGGAAGGGACAUUCCUUUCUCCUGUCCGCGCGGAACCGCAAAGGGUCCCCCGACGCGACCGAAAGACGGCCACAUUUUUUGGAGCUAAGCCUUCCGGUCGCUGGUGAAGAUGCAGUCCAGUCACAUCCUCAACUGCAUUUUGAGGCAAAGCAGAACAAGACAGAGCAGCACUGACGCUUUGUGUCCAGCGGGUAUGCUGCCCUCACUUCCUCAGGUUUGGAGCUCUUGAACUUCGAGUGUGAAGGAAACUCGGUAACCAUUGGCUAAGAGGAGCAACUGCUGGAGAAAAUGGCACAUUUCUUCCCCCAAACGUUUUAAGCUUUACUUCUAAAGGAAAACGAGAGAGAGAGAGAGAGAGAGAGAGAGAGAGAGAACGCGCAUUAAAAUCUUUCUCAGCAUUUCUUCCUGUUGGCACUUCGCUCUGAGGUAAACAUGAAAACCCCUCCAGACACAGGCUUUCUGUGAAAACCGCCUUUGCCUCUUUGUCCCUCCUAAGUUAAAAAUUGCACUCUGUGACCUGUUGAACAGGAAAACUAUAAAAGGCAAAUAAAAGAAGUUUCGGACAUUAUAGAAGGUAAAAACAAAACUGUUCUUCAACAAAUGGU